UCCAUCGUGGAGUACAUACCCAAAGCUUUAAGGACUAUGGACUGUUGAAUAACAAGCCAGCCAUGGGGCAGACACAGCAAACGGAGAACACUGAGCAAAUUGAUGUCAAAGCAAUUCAGGAAAUGUACAAAAAGUUUGUCAUGGAGUGUCCGAGUGGACUACUUUUCCUGCACGAGUUCAAGCGCUUCUUCGGUGUGGACCCAUCAGGGGAAGCGUCGGAUUAUGCGGAGAACAUGUUCCGAGCUUUUGACAGAAAUGGGGACAAUACGAUUGAUUUCCUUGAGUUUGUGGCAGCGCUUAAUCUUGUUUUUCGGGGAGACCUGGAGCAUAAACUGCGGUGGUCAUUCAAGGUGUAUGACAAAGACGGCAAUGGCUAUGUGGACAGGGAUGAACUACGGUCGAUAAUUGAUAGCAUCUAUCGGAUAAAAAAAGGCUCAAAGACAGAUGCACAUGAUGCACAGCUCACGGUCGAUGAAGCUGUGGAUCGACUAUUACAGGCCGUCGACAGCGAUGGAGAUGGUCAUAUUAACCUGGAGGAGUUCAUUAGGGGCGCACAGCAGGACCCCUGGGUGCUCAACAUGUUGAAGCUGGACAUGAACCCUGCUGGAUGGGUGCUGGAGCAGAGGAGAAGGAGCGCACACUUCUGAAGUGUCAGAGCACAAAGGCCUUUCCCACAUGGACAAAGAGACAACACUCAUGGCUAAAAUGCAGGAUAUGAAUUACAUACAGAAAAAUAUAUUUAACACACAUUCUACAGCUAAAAGUAGGAUUCAUUUUGAAUACUUUCAGCAUAUGCAGUUUCAUAUUCAUAGAUGGUGAAGGUUCACAACUGGCCAUCAUUUGGCUUUUAAUAAAGGAACAAUAGCACUUUAAGUCAAUGUGAGACUGUAACCAACAGUAUAAACAUACAGAGACGUUCUUAUUUCUUUGCAUACAUUAUUUUUUUUCUUUCCACAAUUUCACUAUAUUAAUGGUUCGUCUUAUAUUAUCUUUAAAUACUACUAAAGCUACAUUUUUGUAUGAUUUGAAGCAGGUGCAUAUACACAGUAUAUUGCUGCUAACUCAGCCUUCUUGUUAAAAAGUGUAAAUAUGUAAAUAGUGAGUAAUGAUAAUGUCUGCUUUUCUACUGUUUCUACUUUACUGUUGUUAAACGAAGGUUUAAAAACUUAUGAAUCAACUCCAAUA